GAGUGCGGUUCUGAAGACCGAAGGCGUUGUCAGUCUUCACCACAACACUCUUGGUAAACAAAACACAAUGGCGGAGGAUCUCGGUGCCAGUUUACAUACUUAUAAAGUUCAAUUAGAGCAGGUCGAGGCAGCGUUGACCUCAGACUCAAACAAUGCGGAGCUGCUGAAACUCAAAGGAGACUUGCAGGAGGUUAUCACACUCACCAGAAAUCUAAUUGAUGCGCAAGCCAACUCUGCAACAACAAAUGCAGGGCAGAGUACGGAAGAACCUGUCACUACCUCAGGAACUGUCAAAGCAUGGAAGGUUGGGGAUAAGUGCCUGGCUGUCUGGUCAGAAGACUCCCAGUGGUACGAUGCAGUUAUUGAUGCCAUAACAGAUGAUGGCCUUGUAGCUGUCAGUUUCGAGGGCUAUGGAAAUUCAGAUGUAACUAAGCUAUCAUUACUGAAGGAAAGAAUCCCAGGGGAGAGCAGAGGUCAACACAAGCCUGGUGCCUCAGCAGAACUAGAUAAGAAUAAAAGAAAGCUGAUGGAAGCCCAGCGUCAGCAGGCUAAAAAGAGGAAGCAGAAGAAGCAUGAUCGUCAAAAAAUGAUAGAGGAGGCACAUGAGGCAGAUAAGGCCAAGUGGCAAGCAUUUUCAACCAAAGUUAGAGGGACAAAAAAAUUGAAGGGAGUCACCAAAAAGUCGAUAUUUGCCACUCCGGAUGCAGCAAAUGGAAGAGUUGGUAUUGGCACUUGUGGCAUUGGCGGCAAGCCCAUGACGGAAUACACUCAUGCAGAAAAGUGGCGAAAAGGGACAUAGUGACUGAACAGCCAACAAGAAGCUAGGAUUGCGUAAGCUAAGAAGCAAAUAUAAUUAAGGAAUAUUAUUUAUAGUGACAGUGGACAGCAAUGAACCAUGUGCAGGCCAUUGUAUGUGGCACAUUGUAGUGAAUGAUUUUAAUACAUAUUGUGGUGAUGUGACAUGGAAUAUUAUCAGACUGCUACAGCUUGUCAAGCUUACCAUGUUCAGUGAUGGAAAAAACUUGUGCAAAUAAUUUUCUCUCAAAAUUUAAGAAAAUAGAACUUUUGAAGUACAUCUCUUUCAUUUAGCUUACAUAGAAAAAAACAAAACAAAACAAAAUAAACCUGGUUAUAAACCUCUGUGCAAGCUAUUGUGUAUGCCACUUGAAAAGAACUGUAUUAAUUCUUCUUUGGCAUCAUAAGUGAUAAUGUUGAUAAAGAUAAUGUUACAAGUUGAUAAUAUCAUCAGGAAAUCUUAUCGAACAUAACAAUAUAUGUACAUUUUUUCAUAUUUUUUUUCAUUACUACUUUUUGAGAGUCCUAGUUCACCCAUUAGAAUUCAUUUGAGAGACACUCGUCUUCUUGUAAUGCUAAAGAAGGAAGCCAUCCUGUGUAGCAUGUCCUGUUAAUGAACUCUGAACCCUUGGAUUAUUUUUUUUUAUUUUUUUUUUGUCACAAUUAGUCUCAGGUUUUUUAAAAGUUUUUUUGUCCCUGGAGGGUGAGAGUAACUCAUGCUUUGUCAGUAGAGGUGUUUUCCUAGUAUACCCACAAGAAAUGAAUUGUGGGUUUUUAUUUUUUAAUACUAUCAUUAUGAUUAUUUAUUGUCAUCAUUAUUUUUAAAUGAAUUUAUAGUUGAAUGUGUUUAGUAUUUGUUCACAUCUGUAAAACUAUCAAUUAUAUUGCUGCAAAGGUGAGAGAUUCAAAAUGUUUAGUGUGUGCUUUACUGUGGAUUGUGAAUGUGUAAAAAAAAAUUACAGUAUAAAAGCAUUUCCAUUAAUGAUACUCCUUUUUGAGGAAACCUGUCCCAUUAAAAUAAAUAAAUAAUUGGAUGUAAAUUACUAUCUCCCAAAGUAGAUAAUGAUGUCAAAAAAGAUAACAAUAGAUGUGUAAGUCAUGUGAUGCAAUAUAUUUUUAUGUUUAUAAUGUCCUCCAAUUUAUAAUGACAUAGGUUUGAAUACUGGCAAUCAUGAAUAAUCUUGAAUAAAUGUAUGAAGCUAAA